CAGUCUUGUUGCAGUAUCUACUAUAAGAUCAUCGAUAUUUUAUUGCACGAUAUCUUUGUUAUUAGGUAUAAGUGAAAGAAAAAACACUCGAUAUUCGUUACAAUAGUUAGAAAAGUGUUUUUGGUGGUCACUAUUAUCAUUUGGUUACCUGUAAAAACUUGAUGUGUUUAAAGGUGUGUUCGAAGAAGUUUACUAUGCACUUAGCAAGAGAGAUGCGCGUAUAAAAACAAAUCGAGUGCAUAAUACCUCUAUUGUCACAUAAUUGAUGCACCAUAACGAUGGCUUGGCAGCAGGUUAUACCUUAAUUUCACAAAUAUAUGUGAUUUUACAGAAUGAUAGACAUGGAACUAUCAUCAGCUAAAGCAGUAGAAAGUUGCGUGAAAUUAAAACAAAUGGCAUUUGAAAUCGCAGAAUUGAAGCCAACACUCCCGAUCCCGGAGGUAAGUAAUACUUCUCCAGAAGAACGAUGUAAGGAGCAAGCUGAAUUAUUAUCUCAGGCAGAACAAAAAAUCAAAGACCUCACUAAAAAGCUUGAGCAAGAAACACUCAAAGUUCAAAAGCUGAACAAAAGUUUGCAAGACAAAAAACAAAGGUUAGAUAAGAGAACAGCUCAAUACAAUGAAUUAUCAGCACAGGUAAUGGACAAUGUCCAGGAGAUUGAUAAUUAUAUUGAAUACAUUCAAUAUUUGGAACAAAAGCUGCAGCAACAGUCACAUACCACAGUAGAUAAUCUUCUACAGGAUUUCAAGGCAUUCAAAAUGGACUAUCCGUUGCCGGUGCAGAACGGGAAAGGUCCCAACUGUACAAGUAAGGUGAUUUCAAGUGAUGAAAUUAGUUCCGAACUAGCCAUAAAACGCCUGGAACAGGAGAAGCUUGAAAUGAUAAAGCUACAGCACUGCUACCAAAAGCAAAUUAAACUUUUGCAACAUGAAAACCACGACCUGAUUGUGGCAGUUCAAGAGCUUUCGAGCAAAAUAGUGGCGCUCGAAGAGCAGCUUGUUAAAAUAGAUGAUACAAUAAAUAAUGAAGCUACACACGAUAUCAUUGGCGAUAACCUAGAACCAAACUUAAUCGUAAUAAAGGAAGAAGACGAGCAGUCAUUGGUGAAUGAUGAUGUGGAAACUGAUAGAGUGAAUGUUGGAUUACACAUUGAAGAAGAUAUGUGUAAAAAUGAGCAUUGGAUUUCAUUGGAGGAUGAGAUACGGUGUCUCAAAGCAUCACUUGAAGAAUGCAUCAAUGAAAAGAGAUCUCUAAUGGCGAAAUUGCAGUUAAUGAAGCAUGAUAUGGAGGAAUCUUCUGAAGUUCGUAAACAUCUAGACCAGGAGGUAACUACUCUAAAAAGUGAUAUCAGCAAUUUGAAGCGUAACUUUAAAAAAUAUAAUGAGAAAGUUGAGCGAUUUAAAAAGCGAAACGAAGAAUUUCAAAGAGAUGAGACUGAAUCUGUACUGACGAUGUGUAGUACAGACAAUCAAUUUUUGUUACGGAAUUCAGUUACCCAACUCAACCAAGUACAUAGCCAGCUUGGAAACGAGGAAAACACUAGAGCCCGAGAAACGGAACAGUCCGUGUUAAUGAAUGCUUUAAAGAUGGAAAACGAGAAGUUGAUAAAAAAGCUUCGUGAUGCGUCAGAGCAAAAAGAAUGUUACAGAAGUCAAGUAAUAGAACUACAACAAGAGGUCAAACAUCUUUCUUCUCAAGUUACCAUUCAUGAAAAACAGCGAUUGCCUUCUGAACUGAAGAAACCUCUGCAGACGAAGGAACAACGACGGAACAAAUCCCAAUGCAGUGAAGCAGAAGAGAAUCAGGUGUCUUCAUUGACGCGUGAUUGUGACUUCUCUGAGCAGUUAAUAAACGGAAUAGACAACAAACUGAAUAAAAUUCAUCCCAUGGAAAAAUGUCUGAAAGACGACGAUAUUCAUGGAGUGCGAAGCAGUCAAAAAGAAAGUCCUAUGAGGAUACUUGUCCAGUCAAAAGUAAACGAUACAAAUAGCUGUUAUCAAUUGGAAAAUUAUGCAACACCGAACGGAAAACUUGUGAAUCAGCUACAUACGGCAGAUAAUGUUAGUGGAAACAUUUCAUCGCAAUUAAUGAAACAUAAGGCUAACGCUAAAAGUGGGAGUAAAAAUCGUAAGUCGCGGAGGCAUAGUACUUACGAUAGAAAUCGUGAAAUGUACACAAAUAACGUCUUUUCGGGCCAAUGAAACAAGCCAUUUUCGUUGCGGUAAUCAUUUAUUAACACCUACCUGAUAUGCGUAAAGAAUAAGGAACCAAAGAGAUAGCGGUAAAAAUCUAUUGCAAGCUAAUUGGUUAGAACUACAAUUUCGAAUCGUUUUCUAGUCAAGAAAGAUGUCUAACAAUAUCGCGCAAUUUUGUGCAGUCGUCUUUUACGAAUUUCUAAUAAAUACUGU